UGUCUGCGUGUCUUUGUCGUCCACAGUGGAGGAAAUAGUUCCCAAUGUAAUCGAGCCCUCCUUCGGUAUCGGCAGGGUCAUGUACUCCAUCUUUGAGCACACAUUCCAGGUCCGAGAAGGUGAUGAUCAGAGAACGUACUUCAGCUUCCCUGCCACUGUAGCUCCUUACAAAUGCUCCGUCCUGCCUCUGAGUCAAAACCAGGAUUUCGUGCCCUUCGUGAAGCAGUUGUCCGAGGCGAUGACGAAGAACAACGUGUCCUACAAGGUGGACGACUCUGCGGGGUCCAUCGGGAGGCGCUACGCCCGGACGGAUGAGAUCGGCGUGGCGUUCGGCAUCACCGUCGACUUCGACACGGUGAACAAGACUCCUCACACCGCCACGCUGAGAGACCGAGACUCCAUGAGGCAGAUCAGGGCCGAGGUCAGCGAGUUGCCUGACAUCGUUCGAGACUUGGCCAACGGAUCACUGACCUGGGCCGAGGUGGAGAGCAAGUUCCCCCUCUUCGAAGGCCAGGAGACCGGCAAGAAGGACGCGGCCGAAGAGUAACGCCCCCCCCCAAUGAAACCCCCACGGACUUGUUGCAUAUGCAUCACCAGGAAGAAUAUUGCAGCUGUAUUUUUUACAGAGGUGCACUCCACUGCAAUCACUAAAUUGUCAUGUAUUCAUCAUAUCUAACAGUUGUGGAAGGCUUGCACGGGACUGAUUUCUCCGACGAGCGACAUUUCACCCAUGUACAGCACGUCGAUGUGUUUUUAAAGGAGGAAAUGUAAUCAGGUUGUUGUCGUCAGUGAAGGAAGCUUCUGCCGCUCCAGGUUCCAGGCAAACGGGAUUGAAAUAUUAAAACAUUUCAAUAAAAACAACCAGCACUUACUGGACACGGGCAUAACA